AUGGCACAGAGUUUACGAUUGCACUUCGCAGCCAGGAGAAGCAAGACUUACCCUCUGUCGGAGCCCUCCGGAGAUGACCUGGAGAGACCGCCCCGAAUCUCAGUGGCCAGCGUUGUUCAAAUGAGGCUGAUCCCCAGACAGACACCACUGGCUCCGUGGAUAGAGCAAAGAUCCUCUGAAAGUAGUGGCAAAAAAAGCAGCUGCCUGCAGAUCUCGCUGCAGCCCAGGUACGGAGGGGAUCUUCCAUCCAGCGCUGCCGUGGCUGACAGGGAUGAUGCUUCCUUUACCUGUGCUUUGAAGGAUGGUAUUUGCAGCAGCAUCGGGGUUCAUGGUGAACUGCCCAGUGCCAGUGAUGGCAACCUCUUAGGUCCUUCUGCCGUGUGCAGCGGCAGCAUCAGUAACUUCUCAGCCAGCGAUAGUGGGUCUUACAGCAGCAGUGGCAGUGACUAUGGGUCGUGUGCAAGCAUCACAAGUGGAGGCUCCUACACCAGCAGUGUUGUCAGCGACAGUAGCGGUUAUGAGACCUUUUUUAGUGGAAAUUUACCUUCCGACAGCACCUCCAACAGCAGUGUGCCAGUCAGCUCUAUUCCCCGUGAAGUUCUGUGCAGAAGUCCCAGUGGGCUUCCCUUCACCCAGGAGGAUCUGGAUCAUGGAGCAGAGAUUAUGAAAUUGCCGGUGAGCAGGAAUCCGAAGGUCCCACUGAAACGCUGCACGUCCUUGGUCAUUUUCCCCAGGAGUCCUUCCAACACCCCACCAGCAUCCCCGACAAACAGGGGUGCCUACCAGACCUCACACCAGCUGGUUGUAUCUCCUACUGAAACUGCACAUCAUGAAGAUGGAGCUGGUACCAAAGGCUUUCUGUCGACAGCUGUCAAUGGGGUUCGAUUGUCCAAAAUGGUUUGUACUCCUGGGGAAGCCAGAGAUGUACGGCCGCUCCACAUCAAGAGCUCACUGCAAAAUAAAAUUGUCAUUUCAAACAAUAGGCCCAAACAGACGGUGUGUGAGAAGCUGCCUGAGGGAUUUUCCUGUGUGUCAGUGCACUGGACCCAACAGAAACCAACCGUGUCAGGCUGUGAAAACUCACGUGGUGGCUGCAUAUCUGAGCGGUCAGAGCUCCAGCUCCAGCCCGAUUCGGACCAUGCCGUACUCAGGCAGAGGGCAGCCCCUUGCUCACCGGCCACACCAGACAUGGAUUACCAUAGAAAUAUCCCUGGAGAGUUGGAAAGACCAAAUUCACAGAUAAGCAAAAGCCAUGCUGCUUUACAAAGAAGUGCUUCACUGGGAGGGACAUACCCGAGUAUUUCCUGUCUGUCCAGCCUGAAGCACAGUUGUUCCAAGGGGGGACCAUCUCAGUUACUCAUAAAGUUUGCGUCUGGGAAUGACGGUAAAGUUGAUAGUUUGUGGAGAGAGAGACACUUGGCAAAUGAGCUGUCUGGCGAGGUAAGUACAAGAGAUGAUUUCCUAGGUCAAGUGGAUGUCCCACUCUAUCCCUUACCGACAGAGAACCCAAGAAUGGAGAGACCAUAUACAUUUAAGGAUUUCGUUCUUCAUCCAAGAAGCCACAAAUCAAGAGUUAAAGGGUAUCUGAGACUGAAGAUGACUUAUUUACCUAAAUCCAACGGCUCAGAAGAUGAUAAUGCAGAUCAGGCCGAGGAACUAGAGCCUGGCUGGGUUGUUUUGGACCAACCAGAUGCUGCUAGCCACUUGCAGCGUCCACCAGAACCUUCUCCCCUACCUCCAGGAUGGGAAGAGAGGCAGGAUAUCCUUGGAAGGACCUACUAUGUAAACCAUGAAUCUAGAAGAACACAGUGGAAGAGACCAAGCCCUGAGGAUGACCUCUCAGAUGCUGAGAAUGGUAACAUUCAGCUGCAGGCGCAGCGAGCAUUCACCACCAGGCGUCAGAUAUCGGAAGAGGUGGACAGUGCUGACAACCGGGAGUCCCCCGAGAAUUGGGAAAUUAUACGAGAUGAAGAAAACACUGUGUAUAGCGGUCAGGCCUUCCAGUCGCCUUCGUCUGGCCAUGUGGAUUCGCAGGCUCACCUCGCAGAAGAGUUAGAUACCAGACUUGCUGUGUAUGGAAAUCCGGCCACCGGCCAGCCAGUCACCAGCUCAAAUCAUUCCGACCGGAGAGGCAGCUCGCAAGCCUGUAUCUUUGAGGAACAGCCUGCUCUUCCUGUGCUUUUGCCUACUUCAUCUGGAUUGCCGCCAGGUUGGGAAGAAAAACAAGAUGAAAGAGGACGGUCAUACUAUGUAGACCACAAUUCUAGAACAACCACGUGGGCCAAGCCCACCAUGCAGGCCACAGCAGAGACCAGUCGGCUGCCAUUGAGCCAGAGAUCCGCAGGCCUUCUGCCACAGCUCCCCACCAGUGACCCAGCUCAGCAGGCGAGUUCACCGUCUGACACUGGGCAAGGAUUCCUUCCUAAAGGUUGGGAAGUCAGGCAUGCACCAAAUGGGAGGCCUUUCUUUAUUGACCACAACACCAAAACCACCACCUGGGAUGACCCAAGAUCGAAAAUCCCUGCUCAUCUGAAAGCAAAGACUCCAGUCGACUCAUCCAAUGACCUGGGACCUUUACCUCCAGGAUGGGAAGAGAGAACCCACACAGACGGACGAGUCUUCUAUAUAAAUCACAAUACAAAAAAGACACAGUGGGAAGAUCCUCGGACCCAGAACGUGGCAACGACUGGACCAGCAGUGCCCUACUCCAGGGAUUACAAAAGGAAGUACGAGUUCUUCCGAAGAAAGCUGAAGAAGCAGAAUGACAUUCCAAACAAAUUUGAGAUGAAACUGCGCCGCGCAAAUGUUCUGGAGGAUUCUUACCGGAGAAUUAUGGGUGUGAAGAGAGCCGAUGUCCUCAAGGCUCGACUCUGGAUUGAGUUCGAUGGUGAAAAGGGACUCGAUUAUGGAGGAGUUGCUCGGGAAUGGUUCUUCCUCAUUUCAAAGGAAAUGUUUAACCCUUAUUACGGGUUGUUCGAAUAUUCUGCUACGGAUAAUUACACCCUCCAGAUAAAUCCAAACUCGGGCCUGUGUAACGAAGAUCACCUCUCGUACUUCAAGUUCAUCGGUCGUGUGGCUGGGAUGGCAGUUUAUCAUGGCAAGCUGCUGGAUGGCUUUUUCAUCCGCCCCUUUUACAAGAUGAUGCUUCAGAAACUGAUAACACUGCAUGACAUGGAGUCCGUGGAUAGUGAAUAUUACAGUUCACUGCGAUGGAUUCUUGAAAAUGACCCGACGGAGCUGGACCUCAGGUUUAUCAUAGAUGAGGAGCUUUUUGGACAGACACAUCAACAUGAACUGAAAACUGGUGGAACAGAGAUCGUUGUCACCAAUAAGAACAAGAAGGAGUAUAUUUACCUUGUGAUACAAUGGCGAUUUGUGAACCGAAUCCAGAAGCAAAUGGCUGCUUUUAAAGAGGGAUUUUUUGAACUGAUACCACAGGAUCUCAUCAAGAUAUUCGAUGAAAAUGAACUAGAGCUUCUCAUGUGUGGUCUGGGAGAUGUGGAUGUGAGCGACUGGAAGGGACACACAAAGUACAAAAAUGGCUACAGUGUCAACCACCAGGUCAUCCAGUGGUUCUGGAAGGCUGUUUUGAUGAUGGAUUCAGAAAAAAGAAUCCGUUUGCUUCAGUUUGUUACUGGCACAUCCCGCGUGCCUAUGAACGGAUUUGCCGAACUCUAUGGCUCGAAUGGGCCACAGUCCUUCACGGUCGAACAGUGGGGCACCCCUGAUAAGCUGCCAAGAGCGCAUACCUGCUUUAAUCGCCUGGACCUGCCACCCUAUGAAUCAUUUGAAGAACUCUGGGAUAAACUUCAGAUGGCGAUUGAAAACACUCAGGGCUUUGAUGGGGUCGAUUAGAUUACAAGGAACAAGCUGUGGCGUCUUAAACACCACAGCUUUUAAGCAAAAGCAAAAUUGCAUCUUAACAUUUUCCAGAGUACUUCUUAAAGAUAGUCACUGGCUCUUCCCAGGGAGACCAGAGGGCGGUUUAUCCAUGGUUUCAGCCACCACCAUCCUGAAGUGUUCAUUUGUCCUGUUACUUCGUCCUGUCGUUGGGGUUCACACGACAGGCGUUUAGUCCUGAGUGUCUGAAUGCUGACCAUAUCUCAUCUUGCUAGGCACAUCUUUCUGAAACUACUGAGAUUCCAACUGUGAAAUAUCUGUAAUGAGUAUCUGGUGGGGAAAAUUUGAUGCUUUUUUGAGAUGAAAUUUGGACAAAAAGUCUUUACUAUUGAGUAAACCGCGACAGUCUAGCCCUAGUUGUCGCUAUGUAUUCUGUAGAACUUGCCUAGUGUACCUUUAUGCCUAGAUCUUUGGAACAACUUUGGAAAAUGUGUCACCUAUGUUUUUAGUCACUUGAGUCACUUGCAAAAAAAAAUAAGAAAAAAAGAAAAAAGAAAAAAAAAGUUCCCCUUCACUCGGGAUGUAUCUCGCGUUUGUUAGCAUGCCGCUUGAGUCCAGCGAUUCAAAAGACGAGUGGAGCAAGCUUUUCUUUGCAGUGUGUAGAGUGUUAGGCCUCUCUCUUGCCUGUGCGUCCUCAAGGCUUAUCACAGGCUACAGUUACUAUGUGUUAGUGUGUGUAGAAUUCCUUCAGACAAAACAAGCUCCACAAAGCAGUGUUUCUAAGCAUGCCGUGAAGAACCAAGUUACGUGUAUGACUUGCCCUUACCAGCCUCUCUUCACGCUUGCAGUCACGUAGUACAUACGUGUUUACGGAGUUCAUUAUGUUUACAGAUUAAGCGAAUUUCUGUAGUUGCAUUUUUAUAUUUUUAGUACCACAUUAGUAUAAAAGAAUUUGUUUAAAAUAACCAAAGAGUAGUUCAAUGCAUAAUUUGUAUAAAUUUGUUACCAGGUUUCUUAUGCUUUCUAAAAAAUACUGUUUACUAUGAAAAUUAUGUUUUAUUAAAAGUCAAAAACCCUUGAGGCCGAUGCUACAGGUGGAACCCCACCGAAACCACAUGGAAGUAAGUCUAGGAAGAGAGCCAUGCAUGAAUCGGCACACGCAGACAGUGCCAGCUAUGUGCCGGUUCCCAGGGUAAAAUUGUCAGCAGUGAGAUGCAGUUCUGUCUUCAUCCUCGAGGAACCUAUAGCUAUGUUGAUGACUUAGUAAACAGUGGAAAGGAAGGGUGAGCAGACCAAGGCAGAAGGAAAGGGAAGCGAGGUCCCCCUCCACCUGCAGAGAGCAUGUGUGCCAAGACUCCUUUUAUUCAUCGUGACAUUGGUGUGAUUAUACAGAAAACGCCCACUAUAUAUAUAUAUAAUGAAAAAAACUAAGCCUGCUUUUCAAUGUGGUAUGUAUAAAUUAAUGUAAGCAUAUGUUAUAAACUUUCUGAGAUACCUAUAAAUGCCCUGUGGGAGCUGUCAGAAGUGUAUGGGGCCAUUGGCUUUAACUUGUUGGCUCUGACAAGACAAGUGCCUGUCAGCCCGUGGAAGAGAUUUCAGUGAGAGUAGCAAAAACAGUUCCAUAGGCCACAUCAUCACUUGGGUCAGGGAAAGUAGCCCCAGGCCAGAGCAUGCUUCCCAAGCGUCUUUCCUGAGUCAGCCGGGCAUGGCCACCUGUGCAGUCUUGAUUUUAUUAUUGGCCAUCUGUGAACCUGCACUGCCAGGCUCCAGUCUCUUCGUCUGUCAGGUAUGAUAGCUGUGCCCACCCUUUUGUCUUUCGAGACUGUAGUACGUUCUGAAAUGCUGAGAGAUCAGGCUUUCCUGCCAACCACCAGGGUCUGAGUCAGGCACCCAAGCUGCUCUCCUCCCAGUGAGUAUGCUCACCCUUAAAUAGAGCGACUUAGAGUAGGUGAGGAUGAAGAAUCCUGCUGAUCCCCAGUGUGCUGGCAUAGAUACGGAUUCGUGCAUGGACUGUAGCAUCAGAGUUCGCUUCCUCUGCAGUACAAAGUAACACUAAUAUGGGCUGGUGUCUUACCUGGAAUGUCCCCAUUGUAUGGAACUAAGGGCGAAACUUCAUGUGAAAUAGAAUUGUGCAUGGUCAUUCGGUACCACCUCUGAGAAGUCAUCCACAGCAGGGCUUAGAAAACACAAGCUGUCCUUUCGCCGGGCAGCUGUCCUUGUGGGUGGUCCGGUGACUUCACAAGAGCCUUGGUGGCCCAGUGGUCUGGAGAGAGCACCACAGCCCUCAGGCCAGUUUGCAUGAAAACGUCUGUGACAUUCUGCUGCCAGGGGGCUGUGGAGUCACUUUCACCACGAGGCGAAGGCUUUGUGCUUUUCUAGAAAAGCAUUUUAGCCUUCGUUUUUCUCGAAUUCUCCUCCCCCCAACAAAUGAAACACAAAAUUGCAUUACAGGUGCAAACCCAAUGAUAAUUGUUUUUGCUUUUUAUUUAUAACGCCCAAGUUAUUCCUAAUAAAUAUCAAGUUAAACACAAUUGGUUUUGAUGAUAAGCUAUUUGACAUUGUUUUUAAAUUCUUUCUUAUAUGGUAAAUGUAUAUCCAGAUUAAUGUAUCAAAAUUUAUUGCAUAAACUAUAAAAUCAUUUUCAAAAAUCUCAAUUCCACAAAUAAAGUUCUAUUCUAAUUUUAAAGACAAA